GCAUUUGAAACCUACGCUACGAAUUUCUAGAUCCAAUUACCAGUUUGUCGUAGUCCCAUGAUUGUUUAGUUACUGAUUGUUUUCGAUUGCCUUCUAAAUUAAAAGUGGGUGCAUUCUAUGUGCUUGCGAAUUUUUCGGCUCGAUUUUUUUGUUCUUCCCUCUCCCAGAUAACCUUACAUACUGUUUCUCACACUUCUCCAGCACACCAAAUACCUUCAGGUUGAACUAAAGCUUACCAAAGGCCAAUUUUACGAUUUUAGUAAUCGUUUAUCUGGAAAAAUCAAUCAAAGACGAUCUGACUAGCAUAUGCAGGUGGGAGAUUACAUAUAUGCGAUCGCCACUCAAAUACUGGUAAAAAUCAACCACUAAGAAUGAGAAUAGAGAUUUAGUGCUACUUUCAUUUGGCGACUACUCGCAAUUUUCCUGGAUUUUAAAUCACGCGAGAACAUGCUCAGUGGUGGGAUCGGCUUACUCAUAUCUGGAUCUACUGCCCAUUAUGAAAAAAAUAUUCGCGCGCCUUGCUCAAGGAGAUUCUGACGAAGGAUUUACAUCAUAUAACAACCUUAGUAGUCAUCAAGGACCUCAUCUUGCUGCUCUUGGGCGUAACUUUAGCUUGGGUAGUCUUUCCCUGGUUGUGGAGUCAGUUAUUGCUGAGGGGGGAUUCGGUGUUGUAUUUCGUGUAGUUUCUCAACAUGGACAUACUUACGCUUUGAAAAGAACAUGUGUUAACAACAGUCAUGAUCUUGCUGUUUGUAAAAGAGAAAUAAAUAUUGUUAGUUCUUUAUCGCAUAAAAAUAUUCUUCGUUAUGUGGACUCGAAAAUAACAGAUAUCCAACAAGGAAUCUACGAGGUUUUGUUAUUGACCAUGUAUUAUCCAGGUAAUUUAAGUAAACUUAUAAAUGAACGAAAACAGUACCAGAGAUUUACGGAAGCUGAAGUCAUACGCAUAUUUAGUGAUAUUUGUGAAGCCGUUUGUCGAUUGCACCACUGUAAAACACCAAUCAUUCAUCGAGAUCUAAAAAUUGACAAUAUUCUUAUUGAUGAUCGAAAUAACUUUAUUCUAUGUGACUUUGGCAGUGCAACUUCACGUGUUCUCCAUCCUGGUGUUCACGGGCUUGAAAGAUGUGUAGAAGAAAUUUCCAGGUACACUACUUUGGCUUAUCGUGCUCCUGAAAUGGUCGAUUUGUCAGCAUCGAUUCCAUUAGGUCCACAAAUCGAUAUUUGGGCUUUAGGCUGUAUUCUAUAUUGUAUAUGCUAUUUCAGUUUACCAUUUGGUGAUAGUAUUCUAGCUAUACAAUCAGGUAAUUUUAGUCUACCAAAUAAUUCACCAUAUUCUGAACGAUUGCAUAAAUUAAUUGGUUAUAUUCUUAAUGUGGAUGCAUUCAAACGUCCAGAUAUUUAUCAAGUCUGUGCGUUAGUCUUUACACUUGCUGGUCGAAGUAAUCCUGCACAGAAUUUAGGUAAUCUUCCAGUUCCACUUUGGAAAGAUCUGACUGUACCACCAAGAGAUUCUCAAUUCAAAUCACCUGUCAAUUUUCAUAAAUUAGAGUUAAAAUCUGAAAGUAGAUCAAUUUCUCCUGUUAAUAUUCAAACAAAAUCUUGUUCAACUAAUCAAAAACAGUUUAUUGACCAGUUAACAGAUCAAUUUAUUACCAAUACAUCAGUGGUACCAAGGGAAAGACCAAGACGAUCUCAUUGUUCUUCUAAUAAUCGUGUUCUCGUCGGUAACAAUGUAAAUUCAAUUAUUAAGCCACCAAUUAUACCAUCAUGUACAAUCAAUGACAAUGUUCAUAGUAAUAUUAUUAUUGGUAAUCCAGUUACUACAAAUUUUAUUGACCUUUCCGAUUCGAAUAUACUAAAUGUGUCAAAUCAAAAUGUUAGUUUAGCAUUUCAAGAUUCUUUCAGUCAACAACCAUCAACAAGUUUAUUAGGACAUAAGCGUUGUCCAAGUGAUACAUUGUCAUUUUUGAAACUCUACUCUCCAACUUUACGUCAUGUACAAAGUUUAGCAUCUUUGUCACAAGUAUCUCAAUCAUUUGAUUCAAUGGCUAAUAGUUAUCCCACUGUUGAAUACACUAAUGUUGGCAAUGUUAUUUCCAGUUCAAAACAAACUGAAAUAUCAACAUUGCCACGUUUAAAUGUAAUUAACCAACCAACUGCUACUACUACUACUACUACUACUACUACUACCACUAUUAAUACUACUAAUACUAAUACCGUUACUACUCCAAUUGUUCAACAUUUAUCAUCAACAAUAUCUUUGUCAUCUUCAAUUGCACCUUUGCAACAUAUUCAUUGUAAUAAGGCUACAAUGCAUAAUAAUAAAAAUAUCAUGAUAACCUCAACUAUCAAUGCUGCUGCUGCUGCUGACGAUGAUAUUCUUUUUGGUGCUGCCUUUGAUGCAAUCCGUGGUAGUAGUGGUAAUAAUAAUUAUGAUAGUAAACACUAGUGGAACAUAUUAAGCCGCCGACCAAUGAAUUGUUUUUCUGGUUUGUUAACUCCACACUGAUUCCUCUUCUUUUAUCCGGCUUGGAACUGGCAAUAGCCUCAGAAGUUUAUCAACUUUUAUGCGGAGCACUCAUACUUUGUAUGGUUGAAUGAAGAAUAUUAUGCAGUCGACUAAAUUAUUUCCGUCAAGAUUUAUCUGAUCAGCAUUACUGAUAAUAGUAUCAUCACUACUACUACUGCUGCUCUUAUUAUGUUUAUCAUUCAUGUUGUUUUAUCGUUGUGUAUGCUGACAUCGGGAGCACUAGUCUCGAUUUCACAGAGCUCAUAUUUUAUGAUGAUUGAAAUUUUGGAGUUGUCUUCUUUCUAGUUGUGUAUUUUGUUUAACCAUGUAAGUAAGAUCUUAUUUACAUGUAAUUUUUUUUAAAAAAACAAAAUAUUCUGAAUUGUUAUAUGUUGUUUAUUUUUAAAAAAAAAAAACCAAUUCCUCUUUUGAUUCUACAGAACAAUCAUAUAUAUA